AGACGUCCGUUUAGGGCAUUUUUGCAUAGGACAACAACUGAAAAACAGCGCAGAGGAACGCCAAACGCGUUCGGUGUGAACGGCCCCUUACAUGUGUGGCAAACUUUCCGGGUUAAAAACAAAAAUAUUAAACGCAUCCUUUUCAUUCAUACCCAUUUAAUUAAAACUAUGCUCGUGUAAGAUAGCGACGGGACAAAUUAGAGCGCCCUCAUUAUAAUCAACAAAGCAGUCCACACGCUUGCUUGUGUUGCGGACAGCUUCAUUGAUUACAACUGGAGCGCUCCAGUCUUGUAGCGUCGCGUCGCUAGCAGCGUAGACACGGGGGCGCUGGCAGCGCCUUUCACAUUCAGUCAAUCUCUGACCGGAGAGCUUCACACAAACUGCCCGAGUCUUUUCCUGCCCAGUGAGUUGGUCUUCGCGGGUCUUGUCUGCGUCACUGGGAAAGUAGUGGAAGUCAUUGUUAAGAGUGGGUCGCUGUUUCAAUAGUCUCUCCCAGUGCGGGUCCAGCAGACUCCAGAGGGACGUUGAUUUCAUACAGAAACCUGCGCUCAUCCGGACUAAUUCCACUGCCGUUGCGGACUGUCGAGAGAUUGGGAUUACUACACGCGUACCAUUCCUGUUACAUAUUUCAUACAGCUCAUUGACUGACUCUUCGGAUCUUAUCUAGAUGAACAGGAAUACUGUGGGACUUCUUUUGAUUUCAGUGGCAGAUGCCCAGUGCCGUAUACCCCUGCCCCAGCAGUACUGAGCAGAGUCCCGUGGACCCCCAUGGCUCCCCCUGUGGAGGGAACGCCCCUGGCCCGCUGCCUAGUCCUGCUGCACAGCCUGCUGUUGCUGUUCCCCAGAGGAGUGCCCUGCCGGGGGGCCACACGAGCUCUGGAGUCCCCUUGCCACAAAGCUGAACACCCACUCAUCUCUCAUACAGAAAUCGAGCCAUGGAUCCAUCGGUUCAGAUCUGAGGGAACAGUCGAUUAUUCACAGCUGACCUUUGACCCUGGCCAGAACGAAUUAAUCGUAGGUGCCAGAAAUCAUCUCUUCAGGCUACAUUUAGAGGAUCUUUCAUUGAUCCAGGGGGCAGAAUGGCAUUGUGAUGAGUUUACCAAAGGAGCCUGUUUCAGUCGAGGCAAAUCAGAGGAAGAGUGCCAGAAUUAUAUCCGUGUACUGCUGGUCAAUGGAGACAGGCUCUUUACCUGCGGAACAAAUGCAUUUACUCCCAUUUGCACCAAUCGAACGCUGACCAACCUGACUGAGAUCCACGAUCAAAUCAGUGGAAUGGCGAGGUGCCCCUAUAACCCUCUGCAUAAUUCUACCGCCCUCAUCACUUCUAGUGGUGAACUUUAUGCUGCCACAGCAAUGGACUUUUCCGGCAGGGACCCAGCAAUCUACCGCAGUCUAGGAGGACUCCCUCCUCUGCGCACUGCCCAGUACAACUCCAAAUGGCUCAAUGAGCCCAACUUCGUUUCCUCCUAUGACAUCGGCAAUUUUACCUACUUCUUCUUCCGUGAGAAUGCGGUGGAGCAUGAUUGCGGCAGGACGGUGUUCUCUCGUGCCGCCCGAGUUUGUAAGAAUGACAUUGGGGGCCGUUUUCUGCUGGAGGACACCUGGACUACCUUCAUGAAGGCCAGACUUAAUUGUUCACGACCAGGCGAGAUUCCAUUCAACUAUAAUGAGCUGCAGGGAACAUUUUUCCUGCCUGAGCUGGAGCUCCUUUAUGGGAUCUUCACCACAAAUGUGAACAGCAUUGCCGCAUCAGCAGUGUGUGCCUUUAAUCUGAGUGCUGUUACCCAAGUGUUCAGUGGGCCUUUCAAGUACCAGGAGAACUCUCGCUCCGCAUGGCUGCCCUACCCCAAUCCCAACCCUGACUUCCAGUGUGGCACUAUAGAUUAUGGCUCCUAUGUAAAUCUAACGGAGAGGAAUUUGCAAGAUGCUCAGAAGUUCAUUCUGAUGCACGAGGUUGUGCAGCCUGUCGUUCCUGUACCAUACUUCAUGGAAGACAAUGUGCGCUUCUCCCAUGUGGCAGUGGACGUAGUGCAGGGCAAAGACAUGCUCUACCACAUCAUUUAUCUAGCUACAGAUUACGGCACCAUUAAGAAGGUGCUCUCUCCAUUGAACCACACCAGGGGAAGCUGUUUACUGGAUGAGAUUGAGCUCUUUCCCCCCAAGAAGAGGCAGCCAGUCCGCAGCCUCCUCAUACUUCAUAGCCGCAGUGAGCUAUUUGUGGGUGUCAGGGACCAGGUCAUCAAAAUCCCACUCAUGCGCUGCAAUUUCCACAAGUCCAGAGAAGCCUGUGUGGCAGCCAGGGAUCCGUACUGCGGCUGGGAUCUGAUGCUAAAGAAAUGCACCACCCUGGAAGAGAGCAUCAGCAUGAGCCAAUGGGAGCAGAGCAUCACACAGUGUCCUGUGAGAAAUGUGACUGUGGAUGGUCAUUUUGGCGCCUGGUCAGGAUGGAAGCCUUGUAGUCAUAGCGAUGGGGGCAGUGUUGGCUCAUGCCAGUGUAGGACGCGAGCAUGUGACAGCCCAAGCCCUCAGUGUGGAGGACAACCUUGCCAAGGAAUAAGCGUUGAGGUGGCAAACUGCUCGAGGAACGGGGCAUGGACGCCAUGGACAGCUUGGGCUCCCUGCAGCACCAGCUGUGGGAUCGGAUUUCAGGUUCGGCAGCGUUCCUGCAGCAACCCCACACCCCGCCACGGAGGACGUGUAUGUGUGGGCCAGAACCGUGAGGAGAGAUACUGCAAUGAGCACCUGCCCUGCCCGCCGCAUAUCUAUUGGUCAUCAUGGUCUCCAUGGGAACGCUGCACCGCUCUGUGUGGUGGUGGGAUCCAGUCUCGGCAGCGAACGUGUGAGAAUGGAAACGAAUGUCCUGGAUGCAGUGUAGAAUUCCAGUCCUGUAAUACCCUCCCUUGUCCGGAUCUAAAGAAGACAACACCCUGGACACCAUGGACGCCCGUGAAUAUCUCGGACAAUGGCGGUCAUUACGAGCAGCGUUUCAGGUACACCUGUAAGGCGCGUGUCCCAGAGCCCAGCCUGCUGGAGGUGGGGAGGCAGAGGAUUGAGAUGCGGUACUGCUCUAGUGAUGGUUCCACAGGAUGCUCCACUGAUGGGGAUUUGCUGCGUUCUGGCCGUGUCACAGGAAUAACAGUAAACGGAGGCUGGUCUGCUUGGGGCCACUGGAGCCAGUGUAGCCGGGACUGCAGCUCAGGUGUCCGGAACCGCAAACGCACAUGCUCAAACCCCAAGCCCAAAUAUGGGGGAAUCAACUGCCUCGGGCCUGCCCAGGAGUUCCAGGAGUGUAACACUACACCAUGUCCAGUGGAUGGGAGCUGGUCGUGCUGGUCACCUUGGUCCAAAUGCUCAGUGACAUGUGGAGGAGGCCACUACAUGCGCACACGCAGCUGUAACAACCCUCCACCUGCCUACGGAGGUGAUAUCUGUCUGGGCUUGCAUACUGAAGAGGCCCUAUGUAACAUCCAACCCUGCCCUGAGAGCUGGUCUGAUUGGUCCGAAUGGUCUCCGUGUGACUCGUCAGGGUCUCAGGUUCGCCUGCGGCACUGUGAUGUCCUGUUCCCCACUGGCAACCAAUGCUCUGGCAACAGCAGUGAAACUCGUGCUUGUCUGCCCAUCUCCAACUUCAUCCCAGAAACUUCUGUUGCACGAUCAAGUCAAGAAGAAAGAUGGUGUGGAGACUUCAAUGUGUUCCACCUGAUCGCCGUGGGCUUGAGCAGCUCCAUACUGGGAUGUCUGGUGACCUUACUUGUGUACACUUACUGUCAGAGAUACCAGCAGCAAUCCCAUGAUGCCACAGUUAUCCACCCUAUCUCUGCUGCCCCACUCAACACCAGCAUCACCAACCACAUCAACAAACUGGACAAGUACGACUCUGUUGAAGCUAUUAAGGCUUUCAACAAGAACAACUUGAUCCUGGAGGAAAGAAAUAAAUAUUUCAACCCUCAGCUAGCAGGAAAAACAUAUACAAAUGCCUACUUCACCGAUGUCAACAACUACGAUGACUUUUAAAAAUGGAUCUCUGUUUCCAGUCAUCUUCACCUUGAAGAAUAUUUCCAUAUCAGCUUCAGCUCCUAGUGAUUUUUAUCGCUUUUUUGUUUGUGGUUUGUCCUGAUAAAUAAAAAACAUUUUAUGUGGGACCAUUUUACCAUCCAGUACCAAUAAAGCUGUAUAGAACCAUUUUUCAAAGUUAACAAAGACAUCAUCCAUUGUGUGGACAUCACUAAAUUGACUUGAACUUGUCCAUGGUGGACAAAUAAAGCAGGCUUCAUAAAGAGGCAAUUUGAUUCAGCUAUAAACUCUGUGAAAGACCUGCCACUAAAGAGAUGGCACAUGGACACUUUGCAUGAUUUUCAUCUAAUGUUUUCUUUUAUUGUUGCUUCAUUUAUUUGCAUGGUUGAUCACAUUCCAGUGUUUUUGUGGACGGGGCCUACGUCCUAUAUGGGUGGAGCCUUCCUGGACUGCUUUGUCUCCUGUGCCGAAUCCGAAGCCCCCGUGCCUCACUGAGUACCUUCUGUGGUCCCCCAGUGCAUUUGCUUGCCCUGAAAGGGGAUUUGCCACAACUCACACAAUAUGUAGAUACUGUACCAAGGUCUCUUUAAAAAAAAAAAAAAAAAAAGUUUAUGUAUAUCUAAAUAUGGAGCCCUUGUUAGUAAAGCUCUUAGCAGUGGUUGAAAUCUCUGUGUUUUUGUUGUACAAUACACUUUUCAUUAAGCAUAUGUCUGUGUAGCUUUUAUAGAUGAGACUAUUCUUAAAAGUGUUAGUUUGUUUCAGAGUAACCCUAUUCAGUCACCAAAAAAUUAAUUCUCAUAUUAACAUUUGUCUUUAUGUGAUGUAAGGUCUGCAAAAAAGACAGUAUGUGAAAUGCAAAUAGACCUUUUUAUGUAUUCCAUUGAUAAUUUGAAUAUUAUUAGCAUAUUUAUGUUUGUUUAGUUGUUUAGUUGGUCAACGAGUUCACAAGGAUGCAAGUAUUAUCAAGAAAAACAAGAAUUGCUUUUCUCGUUUUGAAACAUUUUAAAGAAUUUACUAAACUUAACCACCUAUUCGUUAUGGAUAGGUGUGUACAGUGCUUGGAAUACCAUUUUUUAUUUCUACUAAUUCCUUUUGUACUUGUAAAACUUUUGUUUGCUUGUUUUAAUGUGCAUAAAUUAAAUUUGCUUCAUAUAGCUCACUGUGUUCGAUCUGUAAAGUGUUAGUCACAGCAUUACUUUAAGACCAUAUGCAGCGCUCAAGUCAUAUCACAAGGAGCAUAUUCAUGAGUUGAGAAUGGCACCACGAAUGGUACCAUAAAAUCGCAAUUAACAAUGAAAAACACUUUUGGAUUUGGGGCUUGU